AUGAAUCCCACUCAGCAUCCCAUAGUAUUUUUAAAAGAUGUUAGUCAUUCAGCGUUAAGGGACUUACUACAGUUUAUGUACCAAGGUGAAGUUAAUGUUAAGCAAGAAGAAUUAGCAUCGUUUAUUAGUACCGCGGAACAACUUCAAGUUAAAGGUCUAACCGGAAAUCAAAAUGAAGAAAGUUCCACGCCAUCCAAACCAAAGCCGACCUCAAGGCCAGGCCCGAGGUCGUCACAACAACGGCAAUCUGUAAUGACUAAGUUAGAGACUGAUUUAGAUUCUAAGCCCUCCUCAACUCCAGUAGCAGUUAAGAGACCAAAUAGGCCAUCAAUAGCAUCAAAUAAUUCGUCAUCCUCACAAAGUGGACCAGCAAAACGGAAAUGUGUAGACCCAUUAGAAGCCGGACCCUCAGGAUCAGCGAAAGACGAGUUUGUUACGAUACCUGAUGAAGAUGAAAAUAACGCUGUGGCACCGAAAAUGGAACCCGAAUUUGUCAAUGAGAGUAUGUGGGACGAUGACGAUGACGGCGCAAAUAAUGAAGAAACAAAUUUCGGCGAAGAUGACUCUAAUAUGGAAAUGACAGGCUUUGAUGGUUCGGCAACUGGCGAUGGCAAUAUUACUGGAGGCGGAGAAGGUGGAGCGGUCGGAGAUGCUCAAGGUAAUUUGGUUUUUGAUCGGUAA